GAUAGUUACAGUAAUCUUGCUUCUUCAACAUUCAGUAGCUGGAAAGAGUGCUGCAUAGUUGCACGUAAAUUUUUUUUGCUGCUAAACAGAUCUGAAGCACCUGUGAAACCUUUCCUCACUGAAGGUGAUGUGAUCAUAAGCUGCAGUAAUCCUAACAUUUGCUCUGUUGAAGAUCUGAGGUUUUCCUUCUUCAAUGAGGGAACAGACAAUUUACGUCUGUGCAUGUUUGGUGAAGGUGAAGAGUGUACGGAUUGUUACACACUGAUGAAGGAAGCGUGUGAUUCAGGAUAUUGCUGGGAGAUCAUCUCCAACAAAGAUGCAAUGAAAAUCAACAGUGUUAUUGGAACCAUGGCAGCCAUGAUAGCGCUGAUGAUAUUGGUUAUGAUAACAACUUUAGUGGUGUACUUCCGUUUUCCUCCUAAGAACUCUAAAAGAAUUGUUGAGAAGAAUAAGGAUGAAACAAGAUAUGAGAAACCCACAGUACCAAAGCGCCCUCCACAGUGCUUGAAAGAGAAAGAACAAACAGUGGUUGAUCAUGACCCAGACUAUGGCUAUGUAGGGGGAAAUGUUGCAAAGGUUUGGCAACUUGUAGAUUGGGCAAAGAACAACAAUCAUCAUGGCACAGUGAAAGCAUGAAAAGAUAAGGAAAAGUUUUCAAUUGACAUCCUUUUAGAAUCUUCUUUUUUUGAAGGAGUAAUAAGAAAAAAUUUAUCAUAAAUUUGGUCUCCUUUAAAGGAAAUUUUUGUCUGUGUAACUGAAAAGAUCCAAUUUUGAAAUGGGUUACUAUGAUAAGUAAAUUUUCAUGUUAAAAUAGGAUAUUUUGAAUCAUAUAUAUAUAUAUAUAUAUAUAUAUAUAUAUAUAUAUAUAUAUAUAUAUAUAUAUAUAUAUAUAUAUAUAUAUAUAUGGGUUGGUGGAUGGUGGAAAGAAACUCAGGAGUAUUUUAUUUCUCCAUGGAGACGAUAUGAAAACCAAAUCAGGCAUAGUAAUAGGGUUCUUCUUACAUGCCUUCAGAGUGUGCAGUGAUGAAUUCUUACACGAUGAGUGCGCAUACAUCGUGGAAGCAUUCAAGAGGUUAAUGUAGCCACCAGGCAUGCUCCUAAAACUGAGGAGGAAAGCAGAAGAAAUUUUGAAAAGAAAAGAAAAUCCAGCAAGAAGGGAAGAGGAUUUCCUGGUCGUGCCGUACUCGAAGAGGAUGGCACCGGUAUCCCGUCUACUCGCGAGGACUGGCCUGAGGAUAAUCCACUGCGCGGGGAAGAAAACGAAGGAUAUCGUUACCAACAACCCUCCACGAGCAGAAAACGAGGACAGCGUUAUCUUCAAGAUACCGUGCAGUGGAUGUUCGUCGUCUUAUAUUGGCGAAACAGGGCGAGGACUAAAGAAGAGGAUAUAUGAACAUAAAAAUGACAUGCGCCACCACAGGACCUCUAACUCGCUAGUGGUGCACGCCCGGGACAAGGGCCACCUACCAAACUGGGUAGGAGCGACGACCCUACGCAAAGGAUUAAAGAAGAGGGAUAGGAAAACAGUCGAGGCAGCAUACAUCACCACAGAGGAGAAACCACGAACCACAGAGAGGAAUUUGUCUGCCUAUCCCGCGCAGCGGCGCAGCUCACCAUCUCAGCUACUGGGAGGCCACCUGGAAGAGACCAAUCAGCGCACUCCACUUUCCAGCGCACCGCGACGUGAUCCACCUGUAUUGUAUAUAUACUGCUUUGCCUACAGGCCUGUCAUUCUCUCUGAAGAAGCCCUAUGGGCGAAACGUUGGAGAAAUAAAAUACUCCUGCUA